AUGAUGACGGAAGAGAGUCGUACGAGACCAUGGAUGAUCUCAACGGACGAAUCAUCAUCAUUAGAAAGUAAUCCUAUUAGCAAAUCAUAUGAUGAAAUACCCGCAUCAUCAUAUGACGGCAAGACGACAACUGGAUCAGUAUCCGCAUCACUGUUGGUGGAUGAUGUUAUUCAUGAAAUUCUUCAGUUUCUUGAUUCAUUAUUUAUUGUACAGAUUUGCAUGAAAAUUUCAAGACAAUGGCGAGAAAUGUCGUUGAGAAUUCCUUUAUCAUUGACACUAGAUCCGAUAGAGGCAAGGACAUUGUCUAUUUACAAGCCAAUAUAUAAGGGCUCAAAACUUGUCGAGUACAUUUCUCGUAGUGAACAUUUGAAGAAAUUAAUUUCAUUGGAUUUGAGUUCUAAUCGAAUAGAUGCAGAUUGUGCUCAAGUUUUGGCAAAUAGUGAACUUGUGAAAAAUUUAACCAUGUUACGUUUGGCUUCAAAUGAUAUUCGCUCAAAAGGCGCUGAGUUUAUUGCAAAUAGUCAGUAUUUGACAAAUUUAACAUCAUUGGAUCUAUCUGAAAACCUAAUUCGUGCAGAAGGAGCUGAAUUUAUAGCAAAUAGCAAAAGUUUGACAAAUUUAACAUCACUGGAUUUAAGUUCGAAUGAAAUUCGUCAUAGAGGUGCUGGAUUUCUUGAAAGAAGCAAAGUUAUGAAGAAUUUGGUUUCAUUGAAAUUGUGUGAUAACAUGCUUUCAUUGGAAGGUACUAAACGCAUUGUCAAUUGCGUCUAUUUGAAUAAGUUAACAUCCUUAGAUUUGACUAGUAAUGGAAUUGACUCGGAUGGAGCUAAACUUAUAGCAAAUAGUGAAACAUUGACCAACUUGACCUCAUUGGAUCUAUCUUCCAAUCGAAUUGGUCCGAAGGAGCAGCAGCUAUUGCAAAUACCAAAUGUUUGA